GGAUGUAAACAUCGCGGCCGCCCUGACCUCCGCAGCAUUGAACCAUCUUCGUUCUUCCCGCUGAACUUUGUGUUUUUUCUCCGCGGUUCCGGAGCUCCGGGCCCCGGCGCUGCGUCCCCCGACUCUCCGUCCCCCGACGCUCCCGCAGCCGCUGCCCCCGGGCCCCGCCGCCUGAUGGAGCCGCGGGGCGGAGCUCGGAGCGCGGUGCGGGUUUUCCGGAGCCAGGCGCAGCUCAUCCUCUCGGCCGCCGCGGAGGGCUCCGUGUCCGCGUUCACACGACACUGUCCGGCCGCUUCCUCCGACGCACAGUCGGAUCUGCAGCGGGUUCUGGAGGCGGCGCUGAGGGAGGCUCUGCGGAAACUCUGCUCCGUCGUCCAACUUCUGUUCGAGGAAAACCAGAGAAAAACUCACGUCUCCAAACACGAAGAGCAAAAUGUGCGAUCGGAAAAUAAAGAGAGAAGAGCCGCCGGGAAAAAGAGCAGCACAGAGCCCUUCGUUCCCGUCGACUCUGCGGCCGUCGGCCAAUCGCCCGUCACCAUCUCGCUCCUGAACGCCGCCCAGGGACCGAUCACGGGGCCCGUCUACAUCCUCAGCCGGCCAAUCGCAGACCAGAGCCAAGUCCAGUUUCUGCCAAUCACGGAGCAGGACACGGAGGAGGCGGGGCUCCACGUGCAGCCAAUGGCAGAGCGGGGGGAGGGUCAGGACGCCGUGACAUCGCCGCUGACGUCACUUCCUGCGGCGGGCGAUCUGAAGCAGGUGGAGCUGGAGCUCGUUCAGGGAGUGAUGUGUGAAAACUUCAAGAUGGAAUAUUUAAUGCCGGACUUGGAGGAGGAGCAGCGGGAGGAGGAGCGCCGUCGCCGCAGGGAGCUCUACAAACUCAAACGCUUCUUCUGCUCCGAGUGUCAGAAAGGCUUCCACCAGAAACACCAGCUCCAGAAGCACAAGGCCUCGCACGCCAAGCCCCACCCCUGCCCCCACUGCGACAAAGGCUUCUACCAGGAGGGGACGCUCAAGAGGCACCUGUACUACCACGAGCUCCGGGCCAAGCAGGACCAGGACCCGGACCACAUGUUCCCCUGCGACCAGUGCGAUAAAAAGUUCCUGCAGCUGUCCCGCCUGCGCGCGCACCAGUCGAGUCACCGCCCGGCGUUGGCGUCGUGUGACGAGUGCGACCGACAGUUCCCGUCGGCGUCGGCGCUGCGCUCGCACUCGCUCACCCACCUCAGCGUCCGGCCGUUCAUCUGCGACGUCUGCGGCCGCGGCUUCACCAGGAGGAAGUGUCUGCGCGACCAUCAGACCAUCCACACGGGGGCGCGGCCGUACCCCUGCCAGACGUGCGGCAAACGCUUCUCCACCUCCUCCAACCUGCGCAUCCACCUGCUCUCGCACUCCGACGCCCGGCCCUUCACCUGCCCCCUCUGCCCCAAGGCCUUCAAGACCAAGAUGGGCCUGGUCCAGCACCAGGUCGUCCACUCCAAAGAGAAGCCCUUCACCUGCCCCAUCUGCCAGAGGACGUUUGGACUCAAGUACAACUACCAGAGACACAUGAAGAUGCACAGCGGAGACAAACCCUUCAGGUGUGAGACGUGCGGUGAGGGUUUCUCCGGGACCUGGGCUCUGAAGACUCACAUGCAGGUCCACGGAGAAGAGAAACGCUUCAUGUGCGACCGCUGCGGGAAAACCUUCUUCUACAACUGUCAGCUCCAGAAGCACCAGGCCCUCGUGCACGACCACAGCGAGCAGCCCGCCUCAGGCCCAAAGCGUCGCCGAGGGUCCGGGGUGAAACCGUUCAGCUGUAAAACGUGUCUGAAGACGUUCAGCUCCAGCAGCACCCUCCACACCCACGAGAAGAGUCACCGAGAGCACAAGGACUUCACCUGCGAAAUCUGCACCAAGUCCUUCCACCUCAAACACCUGUACCUGUACCACCUGAGAACACACACGGGCGAGCGGCCGCACGCCUGCCCCUACUGCCACAAAGGUUUCAUUUACGCGUCGCAGCUGCGGCAGCACGAGCUCCUCCACACCGGAGUCAAACCUCACCAGUGUGAACAGUGCGGCAAAGAGUUCAGGACGCCGCAGAACUACCAGCGCCACCUGCUGGUCCACAGCGGAGAGAAACCGUACGAGUGCGGCGUGUGCGCCCGCCGCUUCAGACAGUCCAACCAACUCAAGUCCCACAUGCAGAUCCACACCGGAGUCAAACUGUACACCUGCGUAAACUGCGGACAGGGAUACUCCGACUCCAGACAGCUCCGCAAACACUCCUGCACCUGAAGGAGACGAGGAGACGAGGAGGAGACGAGGAGAGAGGACGAGGAGACGAGGACGAGGAGAGGAGACGAGGAGGAGUCAAACUGUACACCUGCGUAAACUGCGGACAGGGAUACUCCGACUCCAGACAGCUCCGCAAACACUCCUGCACCUGAAGGAGACGAGGAGGAGGAGAGAGGAAAAAAGGAGGAGGAGAAGAGAGAGGAAGACAGAGGAGGAGGGAGCAGGAUGAAAAAUGGAGGAGGAAAGGAGGAGAGGGAGAGACAUGCAUUUCUGUAACUCUUCUCUGCUCCUCUCCUCCUUUCCUCCUCUGUUCCUUUCUUCCGCUCUCCUCUGCUCUUCUGUUCCUCUCCUCCUCUUAUUCUCUGCUCCUCUUCUCCUCUGUCUCUCCUCUUCUCCUCUGGCUCUCUUCCUCUCCUCUGGUUUUCUUUCUCUCCUUCCCUGGAGGAGGAGGAGAAGGUGGAGAAGAGGAGGAGGGAAAAAAGGAGGAGAGGGAGAGACGAGCAUUUCUGCAGACUCUUCUCUGCUCCUCCUCUGCUCCUCUCCUCCUCUGGUUUUCUUUCUCUCCUCCUCUGCUCCUUUCCUCCUCUCCUCCUCUCCUUCUCUUCUCCUCUGGUUUUCUUUCUCUCUUCCUCUCCUUGUCUUGGGGAGGAGGAGGAGGUGGAGAAGAGGAGAAGGAAAAAAGGAAGAGAGGAGGAGGAGGAGAGGGAGAGAGACAAUCAUUUCUGGAGAUAGUCACUCUUCUCUGCUCCUCCUCCUCUGGUUUUCUUCCUCUCCUCCUCUGCUCCUAUUUUCUUCCUCUGCUCCUCUCCUCUUCUCCUUUCCUCCUAUCUGUUCCUCUCCUCCUCUCUCCUCUCCUCCUCUGUUCCUCUGUGUCUCAUUUGAACAUACUGUAGUUGAGAUUUCUCUGUAGUUUUGUAGUUUUUUAGAUUUAAGUUGUGACAAAAUAUAAAAUAUCUACAGUUUGUCGACAUAAUUAAUAUGCAAUACACAUUCAAAACAUAAUUUAUUUUUGAAUAAAUUGUGUAAAUAAAAUAUAAAUUGGGUGUGUUUUUUUAUUAAA